AGAAGAAUAGAUUCAUAAACAAAUAUAAUGGCAGAGCUCUGGAAAGAAUUCCUCAGUCCACUCAACUCUCGCUCAAGUUCGGGAAAAUCUAAACAACGACCAAAGAAUAUUAUUGCAAUUGGUUCCAUAAACUCCGAAUGUCUGUCAUCGAGAUUUGCACGAAUGUUAUUACAGAGUCGAGAUGAUAACCCCACCAUUAGACCAGCUCCUCUUUCAAAGAAGGAGAAUGAACAGCCCUCAAGUGAAUCCAGUAAAACUAAGCCAACCCUGGGUAGUAAAACUAAACCUGUUCCGUCAACGUUGCUGCAAAGAUUGAACAGUUCCACUUCGACAUCAAAUCUAGAAGUGGAUAGAGAAGACAUCUCUACUGUGA